AUGAACAGUGGAUUCACUACAAAUCAUCAAUUCUAUACUUAUAUUCCAUCAACAACAACAACAACAACAAGUAAUAAACUUUUGAUAUUUUUACAUGGUUUAGGUUCAUCACAGAAUUUUUAUUAUUCUUUAAUUUCUUAUUUUACUGAUUUAAAUAUUCUCUUAAUUGAUAAUGAAGGAGCAGGAAAUUCAAAAUUAUUUCAUGAAAAUUUGACUUUAAAUGAUUUAUCAGAAAAUGUUGUAUCGAUAGUACAAGAACUUGGAUUUAUUAAUCAUGAACUUAUUCUUGUUGGACAUUCAAUGUCAGGGAUGUUAGUUAAUUAUAUGAAUCUUUAUACUAAUUUAAAAAUUAUUCAAAAUAUUUUAAUUGCUCCUGUUCAUUCAACUAAAGAAUUAUCUAAUGCAAUGAAUUCAAGAAUUGAUAUAUUGAAUAAAUCACAAGAAUUAAGUCCUUUAGCAAAUACUAUUCCUAUAUCAGCUACAGGUCCUCAAAGUACUGGAUUACAAAAGGCUUUUAUAAGACAAUUAAUUUUGGGAAAUUCCGUCAAAGGAUAUUGUGCAAAUUGUAAAGCUAUUAUAAGUGGUGAAAAUUAUGAAUUUAAUUAUGAGAAAAUUAAUGUUCCUACAUUGUUAGUUUAUGGAGAAUAUGAUAAAACAUCUCCUUGGAUAGGAUGUAUUGAGGAAAUCUCAAAUGGAUUAUCAAAAGUGGUUACUUUAAAGAAAUUACCAGUAGGUCACUGGAUAGCUAUUGAAGAUGAUCAAGGGUUGGCCACUCUCAUGAAAGAGUUUAUUAGAUGA